AUGAUUGGGUACUCAGCACUGGAAUGGUGCCAGACAGUCGGAACCAGACAACAGAAGGAGACUCUGUUAUCACAUCCAGUUCCAAUGCGACCAUGGGAGAAAGUGGGCAUAGACAUGUUCAACUUCCGUGGAAAAGAGUAUCUGAUCACAGUGGAUUAUUUCUCAAACUUCUUUGAGAUCGACAACUGUGUAGACACUGCAAGAUCGGCAACCAUCAUAAAGAAGCUGAAGAUGCAGUUCGCUAGACAUGGUAUCCCGGACACCGUCAUGAGUGACAAUGGACCGCAGUUUUUGUCUGCAGAGUUCGAGACAUUUUCCAAAGAGUGGCACUUCCACCACAUUACAUUGUCCCCGGGAUAUCCCCAAAGUAAUGGUAAGUCAGAGAACGCGGUCAAGACAGUAAAGAAGCUUAUGGAAAAAGCACUUCUGGCAAAGAUGGAUCCGUACUUGGCCUUACUGGACUUCAGAAACACACCGACGCAGGGCGUCAACAGCAGUCCGGUACAGAGGUUGUUUGGUAGGAGAACCAGAACAACCAUACCUAUGACUACUGCGCUACUCACACCAGAGCCUCCGAGGACACAAGAAACCCCACCAGCAACAGUGACAACUGACGACGUUGACCACAACAAUGCAACAGAAGCAACUGUCAACAAUGAACAGCCAACAACAACUGCUGAACAGAAGCCAACGAAUGCUGAGCAGACUACAACCAGAUCUGGAAGGAUCGUGCGCACACCAGCACAUCUGAAAGACUUUGUAAAGUAUUCAUGCAUGCAUGAGAAGAUAAGCAUGUUAUAG